AUGGUGAAUGCCAAGGAGUUUCGAGUUGAGAAGUCGCUGGUCACAAUGACCUAUACCGUGAACACCCAGAUGAUUCAGGACCUGCUGAAGGAGAACAAGGUGAUGCCCAUGCCAGAAGGAACGGGCGAAUGGAGUGAAGCUUUUCGCACAGUGCUUCACGAAGGGGCUCGAUCCGUAUACUUGGAGGAGAAGAUCGACGAGGGCCAGCCGACCUCGACGAAAGGAUAUGAGCCGCGGAUGGUGCGGGCAAUGACGCCCACGGAUGAAGAGUGUUGUGCUGCUGUGGCGGAACUUUGCCAUGAAGGAGCACGCCGUUUGCACAGCUACCCUGGAUGGAGGCAGAAGUAUCUCCAAACAAUGCUCCGUGAAUUUGGAGCUGAUCCGGAGUUGGUGAUGGAGCUGAGCGGCCUGACUGAACAGUUCCACAUGCGGACGGAUGACGAGGAUUGGUCUGUCACGUCGGCACAGUCCCAAGGACUUCGAGCUGCCGCGAAACCGAAAUCUCUUUUCCUCGAUCACCAUGAGCAUGCGCAGACGGGUUGA